AUGAACUCGAUCCGCGCAAUUCAGCAGCUGAAUAAGCGCGAACUCGAGGCCGGAAUCAGUCCCGAAGGCUCCUGGCAUACCGAUUACCGCGACACCGCCUUCAUCUACAUCGGCGGCCUUCCCUUUGAACUCUCUGAGGGUGACAUCAUUACCAUAUUCUCUCAGUAUGGUGAACCUGUAUGGAUCAAGCUCGCGCGCGACAAAGAGACAGGAAAGUCACGAGGUUUCGCAUGGAUCAAAUAUGAGGAUCAGCGGAGUUGCGACUUGGCCGUUGACAAUCUAGGCGGUGCCAGUAUUAUGGAUCGAAUUAUCAGAGUGGAUCAUGCGCGAUACAAGCCCAAGGACGAUGAGGACAUGAGGGACAACACCACGGGAGAGCUCGAUGUCGACCCAGCAGUCGAAUCUGACAAUGGGAGAGGGAAGCGGCGCAAGACUGAAAGCGAAUCUGACUCGGACGAAGACCGACCGCUCCUGCCUGAAGAGAUUGAACUGGGCCGUCUCAUAGACAAGCUAGAUGAAGAAGAUCCAAUGCGCGACUCCCUGAUCAAGCGACAGCAAGAAAAGGUGGACGACGCAAUCAAGAGAUUGAAGAAGCAGAAGCGCAAGGAAAAGGAGAGAGCAAAGAGAAAGGAUAGGCAUAGCCGGAGAGAUGGAUCAAGAGACCGUGAUCGCGACCGUGAUCGCGAUAGAGAGAGGAGGCGAAUCAAGGAACAUGGAGAGCACGACGAGCGGGAUAGGCGCUCGCGUCGGAAGGAACAUCGGAGCAAGAGUCGUGACAGGAGUAGAGAUCGUUCGGAAGACAGACAUCAUCGACGCCGAUCAGAACGAGCUCGAGAUGAAAGUGAGGGUUCUCGAGAUCGUCAUCGAAAGCGCGACCGUCGGCGUUCGGCAUCCGGCGAAAGAGAGAGGAGGCACUCGCGCACAAGAGACGCACGGUCGCCCUUGCCAUACCGAGCUCGCUCCCCUUGA